AUGGAUCCCAUCAGAUUCCAUCAUGCCUGCCGCUGUGUAAGGCUUCCUGCUACUGAAGAAACCAAAGUUGUGGCGAUGACACCAGCCAUGGAGCCACGUGUUAAUGGAGCAUGUCCUCCUGUUUCUUUCUAUAUUGUUGCCGUCAAUGGGAAGAAUGGAAGAGAAUAUGACCUGCACCAUGGAGUUAUUGCUACAGAAGAUGAAGAGUAUUUUAUAGAGCCUUUAAGGAAUAUAACAAAAAAUUCCAGUAAAUAUAAUUAUGAAAAUGGUCAUCCUCACGUUAUUUACAAAAAGUCUACCAUGCACCAACAGCUUCUCUAUGAUCGUCAUCAUUGUGGAGUCUCAGAAGACCUCCCAAGAAGCAGUAAGCCUUGGUGGAUGAAUGAUGCAUCUGCUUCUCCAACUUCACUUCCAGUUAAUGACACACUGAACAGCCACGGUCGACAGAAGAGAUCCAUAAGCCUGGAGCGGUUUGUGGAGACGCUGGUAGUAGCAGACAAAAUGAUGGUGGGAUACCAUGGUCGCAAAGACAUUGAACAUUACAUUUUGAGUGUAAUGAAUAUUGUUGCCAAACUUUAUCGUGAUUCCAGUCUAGGAAACGUUGUGAAUAUUAUAGUGACUCGUUUAAUUGUCCUCACUGAAGAUCAGCCAAACUUGGAGAUAAACCACCAUGCAGACAAGUCCCUCGAUAGCUUCUGUAAGUGGCAGAAAUCCAUUCUCUCCCACCAAAGUGAUGGAAACACCAUUCCAGAAAAUGGGAUUGCCCACCAUGAUAAUGCGGUUCUUAUUACUAGAUAUGAUAUCUGCACUUACAAAAACAAGCCUUGUGGAACACUGGGCUUGGCCUCUGUGGCUGGAAUGUGUGAGCCUGAAAGGAGCUGCAGCAUUAAUGAAGAUAUUGGCCUAGGUUCAGCUUUUACCAUUGCACAUGAGAUUGGUCACAAUUUUGGUAUGAAUCAUGAUGGAAUUGGAAAUUCCUGUGGGACCAAAGGUCACGAAGCAGCAAAGCUAAUGGCAGCUCAUAUUACAGCAAACACCAACCCUUUCUCUUGGUCAGCCUGCAGUCGGGAUUACAUCACCAGUUUUUUGGAUUCAGGCCGUGGUACUUGCCUUGAUAAUGAGCCUCCCAAGCGUGACUUUCUUUAUCCAGCUGUGGCCCCAGGUCAGGUGUAUGAUGCUGAUGAACAGUGUCGCUUCCAGUAUGGAGCAACAUCCCGCCAAUGUAAAUAUGGGGAAGUGUGUAGAGAGCUCUGGUGUCUCAGCAAAAGUAACCGCUGUGUUACCAACAGCAUUCCAGCAGCUGAAGGUACUCUUUGCCAAACAGGGAGCAUAGAGAAGGGGUGGUGUUACCAGGGGGAGUGUGUACCUUUUGGCACUUGGCCCCAGAGCAUAGACGGAGACUGGGGUCCAUGGUCAAUCUGGGGAGAGUGCAGCAGGACCUGUGGGGGAGGCGUCUCCUCGUCUAUAAGACACUGUGACAGUCCAGCGCCUUCAGGAGGAGGAAAAUAUUGUCUUGGCGAAAGGAAACGAUAUCGCUCCUGUAAUACUGAUCCAUGUCCUUCAGGGGCCCGUGAUUUUCGAGAAAAACAAUGUGCAGACUUUGAUAAUAUGCCUUUCCGGGGAAAGUACUAUCACUGGAAACCCUACACUGGAGGUGGGGUUAAACUGUGUGCAUUAAACUGCUUGGCUGAAGGUUAUAAUUUUUACACUGAACGUGCUCCUGCAGUAAUAGAUGGGACUCAGUGCAAUGCUGAUUCACUGGAUAUCUGUAUAAAUGGAGAAUGCAAGCAUGUAGGUUGUGAUAAUAUUUUGGGGUCUGAUGCAAAGGAAGAUAGAUGUCGUGUUUGUGGAGGAGAUGGGAGCACAUGUGAAGCCAUUGAAGGUUUCUUCAAUGAUUCAUUGCCCAGAGGAGGCUAUAUGGAAGUGAUUCAGAUUCCAAGGGGUUCUGUGUACAUUGAAAUAAAAGAAGUGGCAAUGUCAAAGAACUACAUUGCUUUAAAAUCUGAAGAGGAUGACUACUAUAUUAAUGGUGCCUGGACUAUUGACUGGCCAAGAAAGUUUGAUGUUGCUGGAACAGCUUUCCAUUACAAGAGACCAACAGAUGAACCCGAGUCUUUGGAAGCCCUAGGCCCUACAUCAGAAAAUCUCAUAGUCAUGAUUCUGCUACAGGAACAAAAUUUGGGUAUAAGGUAUAAAUUCAAUGUUCCCAUCUCUCGCACUGGCAGUGGAGACAAUGAAGUUGGCUUUGUGUGGAAUCAUCUGCCUUGGUCAGAAUGUUCUGCCACUUGUGCUGGAGGUGUGCAAAAACAAGAGGUGGUGUGUAAAAGGCUGGAUGACAACUCCGUUGUGCAGAACAAUUACUGUGAUCCUGACAGUAAACCUCCAGAAAACCAAAGAGCCUGCAACACUGAGCCUUGUCCAUCUGAGUGGUUUAUAGGAGAUUGGUCAGAAUGCAGUAAGACCUGUGAUGGAGGAAUGCGUUCACGAACUGUUCUCUGCAUCAGGAGGAUCGGACCUUCUGAGGAGGAGACACUGGAAAAUACCAACUGUUUAACACACCAGCCUAUUGAAAAAGAACCCUGUAACAACCAGUCCUGUCCUCCACAGUGGGUCGCUUUGGACUGGUCAGAAUGCACACCAAAGUGUGGUCAAGGAUUUAAGCACCGAAUUGUUCUCUGCAAAAGUAGCGAUCUUUUAAAAAAUUUCCCAGCUGCUCAGUGCCAAGAGGAAAGCAAACCUCCAGUCCGCAUCCGCUGUAGUUUAGGCCGAUGUCCUCCUCCUCGCUGGGUUACUGGAGACUGGGGACAGUGUUCUGCACAGUGUGGUCUCGGGCAGCAGAUGCGAACAGUACAGUGCCUCUCGUACACCAGACAAGCAUCCAGUGAGUGUCCAGAAACACUUAGACCUCCAUCAAUGCAACAGUGUGAAAGCAAAUGUGACAGUACUCCCAUUUCCAACAUGGAAG